ACACGAGAGAUAACAUUUAAAACUGUGCGUGUUUUGAGAACAAAUUUAGAACUUGUCUAAACAGCAGAUAUAACCUUAAUAUUUUAUAAUAAGAACCUCUAUUUGAACUUCUUUAACUGCACUGUAUUAUUUUAACUUAAACUAUAUAAUAUAGACAAAAGAAAAUACGUAAUAAGAUAAUUUUACAUCGGAUAAACAUUAUGUGAAAAUAAAUCUGCUGGUAUUUGUGAUAUCGCAUACUAUACUAACUUCGUUUGUUUCAAUGAUGGCGUUAAAGUCCGCAUAUUUGUGUUUCGGGAAUAAGCAAGUUUUUAAAAUAAUUUGUUCACAAUACGCUAAGUAUAGUAAUGUUAGUGCCUUAAGUGUGAAACAGACUUUCAGCGAAAAUGUAUUGGAAACUACAUCGGAAGAUUUAUCGCACAUUACACCAUAUUUUUCAAACACCUUUAAUUUAGCAGCUUAUGUAAAUAAUUCUGAGACAUUGAAAAAACUAGUUGAUAUAAAUGUUGAUUUAAGCAAAAUAGAAAAGAAACCUCAUAUUGUCAACAAAAUUUUAAAGUUGGAUUUUGAAAAGCAUAUGAAAGAACACAUAAUUUUUCUUAAUGACUAUGUGGGACUUGAUGAAGUUGGUAAUUUUUUAACGAAGAACCCUUUGAUUUUAUGUGAACCUGUACAGGACCUCCAAGUCCGUGUAAAUUAUUUAGAAUCAAAAGGCUUUCAGAAUGAUCAAAUUAAAAGGAUUAUUACAAGAAACCCAUUCUGGUUGAUGUUUAACACAGUACGCAUUGACAGAAGAUUCGGAUAUUUCCAAAAAAGUUUACAAUUGACUGGAAAUGAAGUUCGACAUUUGACUACUAAGCAACCAAAAUUAAUAACAUACAAUUUGCAUCAUGUUAAAUGCAAUAUGUUUGUUUUAAAAGAAGAGAUGGGGUUUGAGGAUAAAGAAAUGAAAGAUUUGACAUUAAAUAAACCAAAGUUACUAAUGAUAAAUCAGAGGCACCUCUUGGAAAGAUUUAAUUAUAUACAUAAUAUAAUGCAAAUAUCACAUAAAACUAUUCUAAAAUACCCAGAAGUCCUGUUCUGCAGAAAUUUCAAAAUAAAACAACGUCAUCAAUUUUUAUUGAAAUUGGGACGCGCACAAUAUGAUCCCAAAAAAGAAAAUUUUAUUUCAAUAAAAUCACUGGUUUUAGAUACAGAUGCGGAAUUUUGCAAUAAUAUUGCAAAAUGUAGUGUCUCUGACUUCAAUUUGUUUUUGAAGACAUUAUAACUAUUAUAAAUUAUCCAGCUUUACCUAACUCAAUUUUAUUAUGAAAAGCAUUAAUUGAGUGAUAUAAGAGAGCAUCAAGAAUUCCUGCAACCGUAAAGACUCCACCUAUUAUAGCACAGAUGUUGGUUGCAAAAUGACCAAUGGACCUAAAAAAAAGAAUUACAAUGCAUAAUUUGUUAAACAAAAAUAUAUUUAGUCAUGUAUACAA